GUCGUCUCGCAAUGUUGGGAACUUCACUGUUUACAGUUACAUCUUAUUAAAAUAUUUAUUUUAUGGUAAAAAAAUAAAAAAUACAAAAAAAAAAAAAAAACGGAGGAAAUUGUAAAGAUAUUCUUCGGAUAAUCAGAUGUGCUGGAUGAUUCACAGUUCUUUGGGUCUGAUGGGAGCGUUGAAUAGUUGUUGCUGGCGGAGUCAUUCCAAUCUCGAUGAGAAGAACGCUAUUUUACGAUAUGAGACUUCCAAAAUGCAGAGCAUUAGGACUCAGGACUCCUCCAGGACUCAGACCUCCAGAGCCAGUAUGUCCAGCCACUGUGACCCAAGCCUGGGUCAGGAGGGCCCGUCUUGGAGGACAGAGGAGCAGGAGUGGGUCCCCUGGAGAAGCCCCAGGACCUCCAUGGGCGAUGCAGAGUCGGACGGAGAGCUCCAAGCUUUUAUCACGAUGAGGAACGAGGCAGACACGUACACAGAGGAGUGGGAGAAGCUCAACUACGACAUCCAUAGUCUGAGGUACACCAAACGAGAGAUCAGCAGCCGAUGGAAGAAGAUUCUAACACAGCUAGGCUACCAGCGUGAGGUUGACUCUCUCCUGACGGUGAACAGACAGCUGUUACAGACAACUCUGAGUGAAUCCGAUAACAUGAACAGAGCCAGACAGCUGUUACAGACCACACUGGACCACUCUAGUUUGUUCCCACGAGGAGUGGCUAACACAGACAGAUACCUCUUUGUUAUGGAUCGCUUGGUGUCUCUGGAUAGUGCAGAGGAUUUCAUCAGACUGGCGAAGGAGAAAUACCCAAAGAGAGAUGUGUGAAUGAGAGAAAGGAAAAAAAAAGAUAGAAUGAGAGCGAAUGUUUUGCACUCCUCCUGCCGGCACUAGAAGGAAUGUGAAGAUCACAGACGUCCCUUUACUUAGACACUUUAACUGAUUCUAACUGACCUCACAUUUUAUACUCAGAACGUCUAAUGUGCCUAAAAACAAAUUUUCUAUACAAGUUGUUGUAUGUGUUUCAUAGUUUCAGUAUUGUUAUGGCAACAACAACAAACACUGUAAAAUUGUCUGUAAUAUUUAACCGUUGUAUCAAUCUGAAAAGAUACUUCUGAUACAGCGUUUCUUUAACAAGAACUAAACAUUUUAAUUGAUUAACUAAA